GUUUCACAAAUAUUUACAAGCAUGUCAAGGAGAAGUGACAAAGUGUGGCAAUUGGGGAACGAUCAACAGAUCUAGAAGAAAUGCAGAUUUGAUUCUUAAGAAGUCUUUAAAAUUCAGGAGUGGGUGUGAGCUACUGACUCAAGCAAAAUCCCACUUCUGAAAGUACUGGAGAGAAAACAAUCUCAGCUCUGUUUACCGACUAGAAGUCAUCAUGCCUUGCCAGUCCAAUUUUCUGACACCAAAGAAGAGAUAUAUUUUAUUGACUGUGGGUAUCUUCAUUUUAAUAUUAAUCAUUGUGGCAUCAUGUGUCCUUGGUAUAUAUUUAAAAUCUCAAGAAGAAACAAAAUCCUGGAAAGGAAAUGGAACUUCUAAAAAUAUGCAAGAAAUUGUCCUUGGGAGAUGUUACGACUAUUUGGCAAAAAAUCCAGAUUUAGGGUAAGAUGUACUAUAGUUUACAUUAUCUGAUAUUUUAAUGAUAUAUUAAUUUGGUUGUUAUGUCACACUAGACUGAAAACUGUGUAUCUUUAGCUUAUUGUUGUAAGUGUGCGAGCUCGUUUGGAUGUCAAGCUGGGGAAUAACUAUAUAUUUACUCUUUCAAGAUAUAGAUUCAGUCAAUAGUUAUGUAGGUGUCAUCAAAGAUGUAUUUAUGAAGUGACAAUGUCAACAUUUUGGUUUGUAGAACCAUACAUAAAAGAAGUAUUCUUCCAAAGGAAUUAUAUACUCUGCUACUUUUUUACGGAAUGCAUUUUACUGUUUUGCACAACUUUGUUGAAUAUAUUGGUGGUUUGUAUAUACUAUCUGGGUUAUUCACUAAAGAGAAUUAAAGGACAGAGUAGCUGAACGGAAAGCAUAGAUUAUAGAUGUUACGGUACCUCCAGUAAUGAAAUGUAUAAACCGCCGUUUAGUGAGUAUUCCCCGUUCGCAAUAAUGUAGGCUGGUAGCGGGUAUAGUAAAACCAUGCGAACCGCCAGCUGGGGAACACUCCAAACUCCCGAACGGUACCUGUACGGCUAUUUCCCUCCACGAGCUCCAAAUCCACGAACUGCCAAUAUUAGCCGAACGCUAAUACCUUCCAAGCGGCAAAUAUUUCCAAUCAGCAGUCUCUAAGCGUCGGUAACCAAAUCCCCCCAAUAACGAGACCAAGCUCCGCUUUGAGGGUAAAACACGAACUGGUUUACUGUGGGCUACCUGCCCGGUAUUUAUGCAGGUCUCCCACUUGGUGGACACUCCCCUAGGGGACCAAAUGGGAGACUGAAAUCACAGAGGGACAUGGGGACAUUCUGGACAUACAUCCCCACAAUAUUCCCAGCAUGCAGUACAGUUCCCUCCCCUCUGCUCGGGGAAUAAUUGGGAAGUAAUUCAAUUAUCUCCCCGAGCAGAGGCAAUCGCCAUUUUAGAUACAAGUUAUAAAAACACACAAAAAUCCAUAACUUAAUAACUGCUGAACAUUUUACAUCAGUCUUGCAUAUCCCCAGAUAGCCUGGAUCUGAGGGCACAUUAUUGGAGAAUAGCGCUCAGAUCCCAUUCGCACAGUUCAAUCGCCAUGGAGUCAAAGUCUCUUUCAGUUCUUCGGUAUGCAAUUGACUCCAUGGGACGGCUAUCUGGGUUAAGUCCAUUCGUGUGGUUGAAUCUCCCGAACGGCUGGCAUUCGCAUACUUUUGUCGAUUGAGAAGGGGAGGUCGACGGCUUCAGCGGUGUUCGGCUGAAAAAGUGUCCGUUUUCCGAUCCAUGAAAUAAUCGUUGAACACCGCUGGUCGUUCGCAUGGACAAAAUGGCCGCCGCCUCGUGGUCGACAUACGAACGACGACCACCCGGCAUUCGGUUUUAAUUGAGAAGUGUCUGUGGUUAACCGCAACGUUCUAAUUGGGAUCAAUAGGUUAACCAGCAGCACACUUCUCUUCUGGGUGGCCGUCCGUUCGGUAGUUCCGUUCGACAAAACCGACAUUCCCUUAAACAAAGCAUACGAACGGGGAAAUUCAUGAAAACGGCAAAACAGACGAACAACGCAGUUAUAAUCCAGACAGAUGGGUCUGUCACAAUAGAAUUUUCCCAAUUCAACUAAUUUGCCUUUAAAUUUGAAUUUCACUUUAUUGAAUAACCCUGUAAAUGAGUAUUACUCCACACAUGCAGAUACAAUGCUUGCCAGAUGUGGAGGUCACUUUCCUUCCACAUCUGUGACCAGUUUGAGGAUCACUGACCUCUAGGAAUAUAUAAGGGAUUGUAAAACAUUAUCUUUCCCAAGGUAGAGGGCUCAUGACACAAUGGAGAAAGCUCAGAGGCCUGGGACAGCAUAAAUUUUCUGGAAAAAACACCAUUCAAUAAACACUGUAGCGUUAGGAAUACAAACAUGUACAUGCACUCUUCACUGCUGUUCUGUCUCUUUGGCUGAGAGUAUUAAUGUUGAUGAUCUCAGUCAAUCCAAUGUUUCUCCAUAGAGAAACACAGGGAGGCUAGUGCGCAUGCGCGGCAAAACACCUUCUUGCGCCAUUAAGAUGAAGAGGUUUAACUGUGUAUUUUCAUAUAAAUAUAUUGUAACGAUUUAGCAAAUUGCAUCACAAUCUAGGUCAUUUCUGGCAUAACCAAGGCACACAUCGCAUACGGAUAGACUAAACAAAAACAUGACUUUUUUGCUUCUCCUCCUAUCUCUAGCUCUCCCUAUGUUAACUUACAAGUGCAGAGGUUACUUAUAACUGAUUGAAAGGGAGCCAUGAUAGAGAUUUUUUAGUUGAUACAAUCCAUACAUUACUGUGGAUUUCUGCAUUUGAUUUUUAUUUUGCUAAAUUGAGAAAAACACAUUAAAAAUCCUGCGGAGUGACCGUUCCCCGUAAAGGUGAAAUUACACCUAUAAACCUCUUAAAGCACAAAUAAAACAAACACUGCAAAAUUUUCAGUACGUUCCGUGAAAUAUCAAACAAUACAGUUUUAGAAGGGCAGCAAUCCCUACAGACACCAAUGGAACGUUCAUGCUGAUUAUUAUGGUCCAUAACCCCCAUAAGGUUUUGAAAGAAGUCUGAUCAGUGAGGUCAGAGGUUACCACUGCACGAAUUCUGCUCCACAAGAGUUAGAUCACUGAAUAGCUAAACCAUUCCAUGUGUUUCUGGAGAAAAGAUAUUCAAACUACAUUCAUUUAAAGCUUCUUUUGAACGAUGCAUCAGUAUUGUGUCUAAUAAGGAGAAGGGCUAAAUUAAUUCCCUGCAGCACACAAGGCUCCGUCAUUCAGCGUGUCCAUCUGGAGGCCCUUAGGAGGUAGAAAAGAAAGAUGUAGAUGUACCCUUCCCUCCUUCUUUGUUGCAACCAACAGGGCAAAAACUUGAAAACGAGAGAAGUCUCAAUAUAAGCUGAAGCUUCUUAGGAGUUUGGGCUGUUUAGUAAAAUAUUUAUGUUGGAAAAGAUUUUUUUCCCCCCACUUUAUCAUUCUAGAUGAGAAUACUUGCAUAACUCUGGAAAGGUGUGUCUAUAUUUGGAAAUCUAAGGAACUUAACUAUGGCAAAUAUUGGUGCCUGUAUUUAUAUCCAUGAAAUAGCGGCCUCUCACCCAAAGAUGUGUUGAAGAUGUGUCAGAUUUAGUCAACUUUAUAUAGUGCUCCCUUGUAUUUUACAAAGAGGAGCACACUAAAUUAAAAAUCAAUUUUAAUCAAUACAUACUGCAAUAUAUCAUAUGGAAAUACACACAAAAUAUAUGUAACGGGGUUUUGGGGGUGCCCCCUAGUGUCUUUGGGGUCCCCAAACCUAGUUAACUCACUAUGCCUGACAGGCGGAUCCUGAGCCUCCGCUAUCUGGGAGCUGGGGUACAUGUCUGCGGCAGUGCCUCCACCCAGUGGAGCAUCCGGGGUAGGGAUGUGGGGUCCCACUGGGAACAUACUUGGUGCAAUGAGACUGACACAGUCUAACUGGGACUAACUUUAUAUGGUAAGUAGCAAUUGAACCAACAUACAUAGGAAAAUACAAUAGAGUAACACAGAUAACAAUGCAAAUGUGGAUUUCCCUCACUCACCCACCAGCACACCUGCGCCCCACCCCCUUAUCUUCGCCCUAGCGGCCGUUGGUGCACAUAGGAGAGUUGGGGCCCUUAUAAGUCCUGCUUCACAGGGUCACUGAAGCAGCCUCAGAUGUGUAAUGUCCGUCACGGGACCUCAGAGUCUUUACUGUGAGUGAGGAGACAGGUGCCCUGUGGUGAUACAGGGAGAGGCUUGGCUUACCCUCACAACACGAUUAACCAGUCAGUCAGCAGCAGUCUCCUCUCACUGGAUUCGCCAGACGUCUGGACUCAGUGCUUGUCUUCUUUCCUUUCCUGCAGGUCCCUCUCUCAGCUGGUGUGAUCUUGGGUGAAACAAGUUCUCUCAGCCAGGCCCUAUCUCUGUGCUACAGUCUCUCACAUGUCCUCUCUCUGGCUCAGCAUGUGGUCACUCUUAGAAUCCUCCUCCCUCAGAGCUGUGCAGGAAGUCCUGACAGGCCCUGCGAUGAUGCCACACUCCUCUCUUGAUUUCAGCCAGUCAUGUGAUCAAAGCUCAAUGUUUUAUUAACAGCAUACUGAGUCCAUGUGCCAUCUACUGGGCAUUUCAGAUAAUGCAGCCUGUGUAACUUCACGGGCUACAUAUAAAAGACAUACAAAAACUACACCACAAACAAUGUAUAUGUUAAACACAGAUCUGCACAACAGUCAAGCCAUAAGCCUUGCUUUUCCCACAUUAACCUCACAUUUGCAGUGCUGUUACUACUGCAAGGGAUUCUGGGUGGGCAUUUGUAAAAGAGUUCAACAAAGAACCAAGUUUCUGCCUCAUUAUAACACUUUAAACAUAGAUUCCUAGAAGUAUACAGUACGUAUACAACAGCUUUGAAACACAACUCCGUAAGAGGCACAGGCCAGUGAACAACGUAUGGACAGCUGUUUCAUUGUUAAUGCAACUCACAGUAUGAGGUUGGUUACUGGCUUGCUAUUGAGGCUUGGCGUUACUUGCAAAGCACAAACCAAUAGAGUUAGUGUGGGGAAAGAAUUCUAUUGGUGUUUGCUCCGCAACUAACUCCGAGCCUCAAUAUCAAGUCAGUAACCAACCUCAUGCCUUAACAACGAAACAACUGUCCACAAGGGGUUCACUGGUUUUGCACCUCUCAUUGAGUUGUGUUACAAAGCUGCUGUAUACAGCAGACAUUCACUCCAGUUAAUCCAUACUUAAAGUGGAAUAAUGAGGAAAAAAGUUUUUUUUUUUUUGGUUGAACAAAUUUGCAUAAAUCACUUGCAGUAGUAAUAUAACUGCAAAUGGGAGGUUUCUGUGACAAAAACAAGUCUUAUGGUUUAACUGGUGUGCAGAUCUGUGUUUACCAAUGUAUUAACUAUCCACUGACUUCAGAUGGACAGAGUUUUCAAUCACUUUUUUUCCUCACCAUAACUCCAUUGGUUUUGUAAUCCGUAACAAUCUAUCUGUGAGACAGAAGGAAUAUCAGAGAUUUAAGCAGGAUCUUGACCCACCUCUUAUGUAAGGUUAAACAACCAGCAAAAAGUGAUAUAUAAAGACAUGAAGUAGAAGUAAAAAAAAUCUGAAAACAUCCCAAAAAAUACUGGUGAAACCAUGAAUAGAGAAGAGCGAGAGGACACCAAAAAAUACCCCCCACAUUUCAGCUGUGAGCCUUUCUCAAGCCUUAAAGCUCUUAGUUUGUAUAUACCAAGGUUCUCCAAGUUCUGGCCCUCCACAUGUUGCUGAGCUACAACUCCCAUGAUUCUUUGAAUGACAUAGCCAGAGAAUCAUGGAAGUUGUAGUUAAAGGACCACUCUAGGCACCCAGACCAUUUCAGCUUAAUGAAGUGGUCUGGGUGCCAGGUCCAGCUAGGGUCAACCCAUUUUUUCAUAAACAUAGCAGUUUCAGAGAAACUGCUAUGUUUAUCAAUGGGUUAAGCCUUCCCCCUAAUCCUCUAGUGGCUGACAGCCUGCUGCUAGACAGCUUGCGUGCGCCAACAGCAUAUGCAUUCUGCUUUGCUGUGCCGGCCUAAUCAAAGAGCGCUGGCCCGGGAGGAUCGGAGGAGGAGAGCUCCCCGCCCAGCGCUGGAAAAAGGUAAGUUUUAACCCCUUUCCCCCUUCCAGAGCCGGGCGGGAGGGGGUCCCUGAGGGUGGGGGCACCCUCAGGGCACUAUAGUGCCAGGAAAACGAGUAUGUUUUCCUGGCACUAUAGUGGUCCUUUAAGCAACAUCUGGAGAAAGAGAGUUUGGAGAACCCUGGUAUAUAACAUUGAUGUAUUAACACCGGGGGAACGGGAUGAUGAAAGAGCACUUAGUUCGUAGGUACCAAUUUUUCUUGAUUCACGCAGUGUGCCCUCCAUGUUAAUUGCUUAUAAAUGCUCACUUGCAUUUUAACAGAUUUAUUUGGGUAUAUCCAAUAUCAACUGAGUCCUACAAAUGAUAGCAUAGCAUCCUGGGCGUUGUAGUUUUGCAAAAGCAGGAGAGCUUGCAGUUUUAUAUUUAGACUUUCCAGUUCGUGGAAAACAUAAUAACCUCGACAAUCUUCAUUCACAGAUAAUCAUUUGCUUAAUUGCGACCAGCUGAGUUGCAAAACAGUGAAUAGACAAACCACGAUUAACAAAUUCCUCUAGCUUCUAGAUUAAAGAGAGCCAUCCGAUAAGAAGAAAAUUACUACUCUUGUUACUCCCCAUAAAAACAGCAGGUAUUCAGACCAUUAGGUCAAGUGAAAUCUGUUCCCAAAACAAAGCCUUUAACCCUUCGGGAUAAACGUUAAGCACAUCCUUCCAGCAUUAACAAAACCUGAAAUAUUAUAGAGGUUUCAAUGUUGUGAUGUUUGGAGCAUUUUAUAAGAUGCCAUCUCUUACGCUGAAAACAACAAUAAAGCAUUGUGGGUAAGCACAUUUUUUUCAUUGCUAUCCAACAUUCUACAUACUCUAUACUUUCUUCCUAUACAGUCUCCUCCUUCUAUUAUUUUCCUCACUAGGCCUCCCGUUCCAGGCUGGUUCCGGCAUGCUGUAACCAUAGUUCAUACAUUUAGUCUUUGUGGGCCGUUGAUGUGUGCAUAUCAAAUUAAAAUUUCUCUCUCUCAUUCCUUGUUGAAUUGCAUUCACCAUUUGGAAAACUAAAAGGAGCUGCUAAGGAGGUAUUUGAUUUGUUUAUUUAUUUAUUUAUUACUAGUAUUUAUAAAGCACCAACAGAUUCUGCAGCGCUGUACAAUUAGUGGAGGACGUACAAUAUACACAGACAAAUUCAAGACCUUUUAAUCACUGGUGCUUUUUACAAAACCAUUUCUGCAUUGUGUGAAAAUAUAUUAUCUUCCUUCAGUUUUUCUUUCUGCUUUUUUUUUUUUAAUUAUUAUUAAUAUUGCUCCCUUUUUGUUUGUUUUUUACUGAUGAUUUUACCAUUGAUUACAUUCCCAAAAUAAAACAGAUAAGAAAUAUUCCUAGAAAACUAAAGUGCAAAUAUACAUUAAACUAAACAGAAAAAUUUAGCAAGACAAAUUGUCGGAAAUAAAAGAUGCACUUUUGCACAUACCUACACACAAAAAAAACAAACAGGAAAAAGAGUUGACACAAGAAGCGUAGUUAGGAGUCCUUUGGCACAAAUAAGGGUCUAUAUCUGUUCAUAUAGGAAAAAAAAACAUAAAAAACCCACAUAAAACUGAAUGCAGCACUUUCUCCCAUUGUUUCUUAUCAGGGCAAGGUUUCAUGGAAAUUAGGGUAAUAUUCUUCCUAGAUUGUAAUGAUUUACUUAAAUACUAGUGAACAUUGAUACAAAGAACAAAGAAUAUUGUAUAUACAGUCAUUAAAGUGCACGUGAAAAUAUAAAUUCAGUUGUAUCAGGGUGGGUGCAGGUUUCACUUUAUAAAUUAGAUGAAAUAUACUGAAUUGCACGGUGUCCGGUUAUACCAUCAACCAUUAAUUAAUACAACCAAGAAGUUUGUUCACUAAACAGUGAGUUGUGAACUGGUUGAAAAAGCUCAAUUGGUAAAACGGUCAACUCAAUUCAUGUUUUAAUACCACAAUGUUAGUCUAAAGAUUGCUGGCUUGUUUCACAAAUAAACUAGUAUAUAACUAGCAUGUUUGUAUUGAAUACAUUAAAAAAAAAAAAAAAAUACUUGUUAAUUCACGUUUAACUUCAUUUUGUUGUUUAAUCUUUAGCGAAAGGGAUUGUAAUAAAAUCUGGCAAGAGCUGACGAAUGCGGUGUACAAGAAAGACCCGUGCUCAAUUACAGAAGACAACUACAACAACUUAAUAAAACUCACACAAGAAGCAAUACCAUGUAACAAGGUAGGAAACAUUUCUUAAACUUCAGCUAAGCCAAACCAGCGAUUAAUCUAUUUAAAGAAAAAUGUACCCAUUUAUUUUGAAUAAAUUGGCUAUAAACAUUGUUGAACACAAAAUCACAUGCUAUUUUUUCACAUUUGGGGGACAAUAUAUUCCACUCUUUAUAUGACUAUGCAAUUAAGAAUGAAAGCUUUCCAAGCAGUGGCAUAGCAGAGAGGGGUAGUCCAUCAAGUGUGGUGGAGAAUUUCAUAUUCAUUAUCUUCUGCCUGGUCUGACAGAGACUUGGUGGGGUCAAGGGUAUGAUGCCCAGUCACUGCAUGCUGCAGUAUCACUGCUUAAUUCUCUGCCAUUUAGGAGUACAAUCACUUUAUUUAUGCAUCCCUAGUCACACCUCCCUGCAUGUGACUCACACAGCCUUCCAACACUUCAUUCAAAGAGUCAUCUAAUGUUUACACUUCCUGUAUUGCAAAUUCCGUUUGAUUUAGAAAUUCUUAUAUCCUGCUUUAUUAAUAGCUUGCCAGACCCUGCAGGAGCCUCUUCUAUGUAAUAGUUCCAUAGUUACAUAGCCGAAAAGAGACUUGCGUCCAUCAAGUUCAGCCUUCCUCACAUUUGUUUUUUUGCUGUUG